CAGACAGCUGUGGCCUUCAGAGUCAGAAGUGCUGUCCAGGCGAUUUUCCUGCUUACAUCUGAGACCAUGAUGGAAACUACAACGUAUGACUACGAUUACACUGAUGACCCGUUCCCACCUGUCGCACCAUGUAACAGGGACAGUGACAACCAGCUGGGAGCUCAUCUGUCCAUCCUCUUCUACUUUAUGUUUCUCUUCAGCCUCUUUGGCAAUGGACUGGUCCUGGUCAUCAUCCAUCGGUUUGAGAAGCUGACCACUGUGACCAACAUCUUACUGCUGAACCUGGUGGUGUCCUCACUGAUCUUCAUGAGCAGCCUUCCCUUCGUUGGAGUCUACAUGCAGCUCUCCAACUGGAUCUUUGGCAAGGUCAUGUGCAAGAUUGUUGGCAGCGUCUACUACCUGGGCUUCUACAGUUCUGUCCUCUUUCUAACUCUGCUGACCUUUGACCGACACCUUGCAGGCGUCUACUCCUUGGGCUCAUCGCGGCUGAGGAAUCGAAGCUAUGCGGUAGUCUCCUGUGUUGUGGUGUGGUUGGUUAGCGGACUGGCGUGCAUCAAGCAGAUGAUUCUCCACACCACUUUUGUUCAUCGUAUCGACAACAAAACCUACUGUCAGGAUUAUCCUGGUGAUUUGCCUUAUGUUAAUGUGAAGCAACUGAGAACAUCUGGAUUUUACAUUCAGCUUUUCCUUUUCUUGAUAUUUCCUCUGGCUGUGAUUAUCUACUGCUAUAUUAGGAUUGCUAUCACUGUCAUAUCAUCCAGGAUAGUUUCCAAGUUCAAGACAGUCAGGUUAAUAUUCAUCAUUGUGCUGUUGUUUUUUGUGUGCUGGACCCCAUACAACAUUGUACUGUUGAUGCACGAUGAAGCCACUACCUGUGAAGAAUCCCAGAAAUUGGGUUAUGCUCUUCAAGUCACUCGUAAUCUUGCCUACAUUUACUUUUGCAUCAGUCCCAUCUUUUACACAUUUGUUGGGAGAAAGUUCCAGAGCUAUUUCAGACAGCUGCUGGUGACGCGUUUCCCAAGGUUAAAGAAGCAUGUUUCUGUCAGUCAACAAAGCGCAACUAAUAUGUCCACGAAAACUACACCAAAUGAUAUUUAGGGAGAGGAACCCCUUUGUUUUUGGGGACUGUGCAUUGUUCUGAUAGUCUGGUAGUCUGAAAAAUGUCCUGUUGGACUGUUAUUCCAAAAAGAAAAGGUCAGUACUACAAGAGCCUAAUUUUUGCCAUUAAUAACUUUGUGUAUGAUUUGAUGUGCAAAUGUAACUUUCCUUGUCAUUGCUAGUUGAGCUUUUUUGUCAUGGUGAAAAGUCACAGUUUUAUUAGCUUAAGGCAACACAACUACUUGUUAGGUUAAGGGAAAGAUUUGGGUUAAAAUGGCGUAAUUAAUUGUGUGAUGCAAAUAAAUAUGAUACGUAAUUUAUACCAGGUUGGUAUUUUCGGAGCAAUGGGUCUUCAGAGCAAUGGCUGUUUGUUUUUGGCUGUUGGACAAACAGGCUUGUUCAGCAAACCAUGUGUUUAAAAACAACCAGAAGAUUGCUUUAAAAGUUUGCGUUCCGGGAGCCCGGUUAGCUCAGUGGGUAGAGCUGGUGACCCAUAUACCAAGGCUGAGUCCUUGCUGCAGCGGCCCAGGGUUCGAAUCCAACCUGCGGCCCUUUGCUGUGUGUCUUCCCCUCUCUCUGCCCCCCUUUCCUGUCUGUCUCCAGCUGUCACUAUCGUAAAGGCAAUAAAAGCCUUAAAAAAAUACUUUAAAAUAAAAAGAAAAAAAAGUUUGCAUUCUUCUUGGAUUGUCAGGGUGGAGAGCAAUGAAAUAAGUAUAUCUGCACAAAUCUAAAUGGAAACUCAUUUCACCUCGAGACUGAAAAAACAAACACCAUUCUUGCCUGUAUUUUCAAAUCUUUUUGCCUUUCAAGGCACGCUGUAACAGUUAGGAGGAUCUGUUGGCAGAAAUGCAACAUAGGUAGGUAUGUUUUCAUUUAUGUAUAAUCAUCUGAAAAUAAGAAUUUCAUUCCCUUAGAAUGAGCCGUUCUUAAGAGUCCAUCAUAUUAAAAUGUUACCACAGUAGCCCAGAAAGGAUACAAGUGGAAGGAACAUGGAUUUAUGGUUCUUCAAGUGGUAUCUCGUAAAGAACUCUGACCUUGGUCACUUCGGGUAGCUUGUGUUUUCUCCAUCAAGUUCCCAUAGAGAUUAUCGAUAGUGAAGAUAACAUAAAGGAAGUUGAACUAAGACCUAAGUAAUCUGCUUUUUUUUUUUUGAAAAAUGAAACUGGUGAUUUGACUGAAUGUAGUUAGUAGUUGAGUGUGUCUAGUUUCUUAAUGUAAACUUUUUCACCCUAGUCCUACAUGAAAAAGGCUUUGAAUGUUAUACAAAAAGAGGUUUGUACAAGUAUGGGUUGUGGUGUGGGCAACUGACUCUGACACACCCAAUGGUAGCAUCGAUAAACUAUCCUAAAAUAGUGUGCUUCUCCAAAAGUGUGCACACUCACUGUCCAGUCAUUUUCCACAUGGCCUUGAGCCUGCAAAUGUUUGUGAUUAUAUUUGUUCAGUCCGUGUGUUAUUCUUAAGUUACUGCUUUUUAAUAAUGUUUUAUAAUGAACCAUUUACUUUGUAAAAUUACUUUUAAAUUACGUAGAAAAACAGUUGAUUGUAAUGUUAUGAUUCGUUUAUCAUCCACUUGGACCAUGGACGGAAAAGAUGGAGGAAGCUGCACCAAAAAAGGGAUUUGAAAGCUUUGUGGUUAGUUGUUUUUUGUUUGAGUUGGCUCUUGCACUUGCUCGUGUGAAUCUAAGCUAUUUGAUUAAACAAAUACUUUU